AUGUGGUUCUGGUAUGGCAGUCUGCUUGUAGAAUGCAUAGUAGGAGUUUGUUUUUUCUUUUAUCUGGCAUGGAAUGUGGAUGGGAGCGAGAGAGAAUUUUUGAGAAAUCAAUCAUACCUUUUCAUGUUUCUCUGUAUUGCAAAUGUACCUAUUUUUGCCUACAUCUGCAACGGUAAUCUUCGAGCAUUGCAAACAAUAUUUUCGUCCUUCCAACUUAUGGGAAAAUUAGCAUUGUUUCUAUUUCUCCCUACCUUCUUGGCAACGACGGAACUUCAUAUUGGUUAUCGUGAUUAUGCUUUCUACAAAAAGAUGUUUCUUGGAAUGGUAUCGCAAGAUGUACCCUUAGGACUUGUGUACGCGGAAGUGAAACGACUCUCCUUGCUUUUUGAAGAUGCCAGCAUGCUGAAUCCGUUCAGUUACAAAUCUCCCACUAACAGUCAAACGAAUGUUGGGAUCACUCGAACGGACGCGAUAAGCUCGCAAAAUCCAGCGGCGACGAAUGCCUGA